AUGGAUGAUAUUUCGGUCAACCCUGCCGCGUCGGAGAAUUUCCAGUCUGUGACUGGAUCAGAGGCUCCCGCAGAGGCAUUCCACGCCGCCAGUGGCUCUGAAGCGCAAUCGCGCCAAGAGUCGCCCGUGAAGAAGGCUGAGAACCUCGCCGGAUCCGAUAAUCCUCUCGAUGCCCCGGCCUCCCCUAAACCCCAGAAUGGCGAUGCUGAGCCAGAAGAUGAGGAGAUGGGUGGGACCGAGACGGACGCCAAGCGCGAUACCGAGGGCUUGGAGGAUGCUGCAGGAGAGUCGCAGCCCCCCGCUGAUGCUACCGAGGGUCUUGAAGAUGCAGUGGGCGAGGAACAGCCCGUACCGACCAAGUCGUCCUUAGAAGCUUCGGCCCGUGACCACCUUGUCGUACAGACCCACGCUAUCAUUCUUCCCAGCUAUGCUAGCUGGUUUGACAUGAAUACCAUCAACAACAUCGAGAAGAAGGCCCUCGCAGAGUUCUUCAAUGGCCGCAACCGCAGCAAGACUCCGGCUACAUACAAGGACUACCGUGAUUUCAUGAUCAACACCUACCGAUUGAACCCCAUUGAAUACUUGACCGUGACUGCUUGCCGUCGCAACCUUGCCGGUGACGUAUGUGCAAUUAUGCGUAUUCACUCUUUCCUGGAGCAGUGGGGCUUGAUCAAUUACCAGGUUGACCCUCAAACUCGACCAUCCAACAUUGGCCCGCCAUUCACCGGCCACUUCCGCGUUAUUGCAGACACCCCGCGUGGAUUGCAGCCCUUCCAGCCCGGCCCGCAGCCCUCCGUCACUUCUGGCAAGCCUCUUGCGGCAACUGAGCGCGCUGCGUCUGCUACCCCCGCAAUUAAGGCCGAUCUGAGUCUUGAUCUGCGCCGUAAUGUCUACGAUACUAAGGGCAAGGAAGCCACCCCACUCUCAGAGAAGCAAACCAAUGGCGACAUGAAUGGAGCUGAGACACAAGAGCCCCGGAAGAAGGCUCACUGCUUUUCCUGCGGCAUUGACUGCACGCGGCUUCGGUUCCAUUACGCCAAGGCGGCCCCGACCUCAGCCAAUGCAAACACCCCGAACGCAAAAUAUGAUAUGUGCCCUAACUGCUUCCUUGAAGGCCGCAUGCCUUCUAGCCAUAACGCCUCAGAUUUUGUUAAGCUGGAGGAUAAAGCACACUCCCACGUGCCUGACAAGGAUGCGCCCUGGACGGACUCUGAGCUGCUCUUGCUUCUGGAGGGCCUAGAGAGCUUUGAUGAUAAUUGGGAGCAGAUCGCCAACCACGUUGGUACUCGGACCUCAGAGGAGUGUGUGAUGAAGUUCUUGCAGCUGGACAUCGAGGACAAGUACCUUGAAGACUUGCCUGAGCUUCGCUCCGGUCCCGGCCGGGAGCCAAUCAACGCCACAGAGAACCCUGUGCUUUCCGUUGUUGCAUUCCUGGCUCAGAUGGCGGAGCCCACAGUGGCUGCUGCUGCCGCCGGCCGUACCGUUGAGGAGAUCCGCAAGGAGCUGCGCAAUCAGCUUGAGAAGGGGAGAUGGCAAGGGCAAGGAAUCAUCGAGCAGGCCGAGAAGCCCAAGGAGUCGCUCGCCACCGUUGCUCUAGCCGCCUCUGCUGCUCGCGCUAGCGCCCUUGCCUCACACGAAGAGCGUGAAAUGACUCGGUUGGUUGGAGCCGCGGUCAAUGUGACUUUGCAGAAAUUCGAGAUUAAGUUGCAACAGUUCAACGAGAUGGAGGAGAUCAUUGAGGUUGAGCGUCGGGAGCUAGAACAGGCACGUCAACAGCUCUUCCUGGACCGCAUGGCUUUCAAAAAGCGUGUCAAGGAGGCCCAGGAUGCUUUGCAGGCCGUCAGUCUGCAGGGUCCUAACGAGCACACCAACACUAUGCUUGCAAGCGCCGCCACUGCUGGUAUUGGCAAUCACUACAGCUUCCAGCCUGUUGGUGGAGACGCUCGGGCUGGAGCUCAGCCCUUGAGCGCCGAGACUGGUGCCGAUUUCAAAACCCUCGACCUGUAA